UUGUUUUCAAGCUAUCUGAUGCUGAUUUUUGUGUCCUUAAUCCAAUUCUGUUUCGAUUCUUAAACAUUUUAAUUUUACUUAGGUAUAACUCCUUGAGCUAAUAUACUUUAAAGUGUAUGAUUUUAAGUUCUUUCUUAAUUGAGCUUCGAUUCAUAUGAUUGAUCAGGUUCUUUUAGCCGCGCAAUAAGUUCUUUUGCUGUUUACCAGCUCUCAAACUUGCCUCGUUGUUCUUUUGCUGUUAUUUUCAAAAUUUUCAAUUUCUUUUUUGGAUUACUUAGUUGUGAGGCUGCUCAUCUCGCUGAGGAUUCCCAAAUUUUGAGAUUCUGCAAUUUUUUCUUGAGAAAAUCUCAGGCAAACCUAGUCCUUAUUUUUUUUUACUUUUUUUUUUUUUAAUUUUUCCCUGAAACUCUCCCUCCCAGUGCCCAAUUCAGCGGGACCAUAAUGGUAAUGGAGCUUUGACUGUUAUUUUGCAGCAUAUUUUUAACCUACAUUAGUUAUUUUUGGCUUUUGAUACUUGUCCUUGUCACAAUCUGUCCUCGUCAUAUAUUGUUUCCAGGCUUUUCGAAAGGAUAACAGAGUUAUGCUAAGCAGGAAGGAACUGUUUAAAAACACUCUGAGGAAAGCAGCUCAUGCAUGGAAACGCAUCAUUGAGCUUCGCCUUUCUGAAGAAGAGGCGAGAAAGUUGAGAUUUUUUGUGGAUGAACCCGCUUUUACAGAUCUUCAUUGGGGAAUGUUUGUUCCAGCAAUUAAAGGACAAGGCACUGAAGAGCAGCAACAGAAGUGGCUACCUUUGGCAUAUAAGAUGCAAAUAAUUGGCUGCUAUGCACAAACUGAACUUGGUCAUGGCUCCAAUGUUCAAGGGCUUGAAACCACUGCAACAUUUGAUCCUGAGACAGAUGAAUUUGUCAUUCAUAGUCCCACACUAACUUCAAGCAAAUGGUGGCCUGGUGGAUUGGGUAAAGUUUCCACGCAUGCUGUUGUUUAUGCGCGUCUUAUAACUGAUGGUCAAGAACAUGGAGUACAUGGCUUUAUUGUCCAACUUCGGAGUUUGGAUGAUCACAUGCCUCUUCCAGGCAUAACAGUUGGUGAUAUUGGAAUGAAAUUUGGUAGUGGGGCAUAUAAUACCAUGGACAAUGGUGUUUUAAGAUUUGAUCAUGUGCGCAUCCCAAGGAACCAAAUGUUGAUGCGAGUAAUGCAGGUUACAAGGGAAGGGAAAUGUGUGCAAUCUAAUGUUCCACGGCAAUUGAUUUAUGGCACUAUGGUGUAUGUGCGGCAGACAAUUGUAUCUGAUGCAUCCUCUGCUUUAUCACGGGCGGUUUGUAUUGCUACAAGGUAUAGUGCCGUCCGCAGACAAUUUGGUUCUCAGGAGGGUGGUGUUGAGACCCAGGUGAUCGAUUACAAAACUCAGCAAAGUAGACUCUUCCCUUUGCUGGCUUCUGCAUAUGCUUUCAGAUUUGUUGGUGAAUGGUUGAAAUGGCUUUAUAUGGAUGUGACUCAGAGGUUGCAAGCCAAUGAUUUCUCAACAUUGCCUGAAGCGCAUGCAUGUACUGCUGGUUUGAAGUCUUUGACUACUUCUGCAACUGCUGAUGCCAUUGAAGAAUGUAGGAAACUUUGUGGUGGACAUGGUUACCUUAGCUCCAGUGGGCUUCCUGAGUUAUUUGCUGUUUAUGUUCCAGCCUGUACAUAUGAAGGAGACAAUGUUGUGCUGCUUUUACAGGUUGCUAGGUUUCUCAUGAAAACUGUUUCUCAGCUGGGUUCUGGAAAGAAGCCUGUUGGAACAACAGCUUAUAUGGCACGGGCAGAGGAUCUUUUGCAGUGUCAUUGUAGUGUUCAAAAGGCGGAGGAUUGGUUAAAGCCUAGUGUAUUAUUGGAGGUAUUUGAGGCCAGGGCUGUUAGGAUGUGUGUUGCCCGUGCUCAAAGCCUUAGCAAGUUUCCAAAUCCUGAAGAGGGUUUUGCUGAACUCUCAGCUGAUCUUGUUGAGGCAGCAAUUGCUCAUUGCCAGUUGAUUGUUGUUUCCAAGUUCAUUGAGAAAUUACAACAAGAUAUACCAGGGAAAGGAGUGAAACAACAAUUGCAGAAUCUUUGCAAUAUUUAUGCUUUGAACCUCCUUCACAAACAUCUGGGUGAUUUUCUAUCCACCGGAUGCAUCACACCCAAGCAAUCUUCACUUGCAAAUGAUCAGCUCAGAUCUUUAUAUUCCCAGGUCCGUCCAAAUGCCAUUGCACUUGUUGAUGCAUUUAACUACACUGAUCACUACCUUGGCUCAGUUCUUGGUCGCUAUGAUGGAAAUGUGUAUCCAAAACUCUAUGAAGAAGCAUGGAAGGAUCCACUAAAUGACUCAAUUGUGCCUGAUGGCUACCAUGAAUAUGUUCGCCCAUUGCUGAAGCAGCAGCACCGCAAUGCACGACUCUGAAGAGUGUAAAGGACUAUGCUGUUGGAUCUCUAUGCUAUAUUGUUGCGAGUCAUAAUGCUAAUAAAGCUGCCCAGAAGGGUCACCAGAAAGGCAAAAGUUAGGUUUUUAUUUUCUUAGAAACCAUUAGAUUAGUCAUGAAUUCUCGUUGAUAGUCAUUUUUGCCAAGUGCAAAUUAGUGGAAAAUUGUUUAUGUAUAUUUGGACAAAUAGCAUGUUAUUUAUAUAUUGAUCUUUUGUUAA